AUGGCAGAUUUAUUGACUGAUCAGGUCAGAGCCCUUGACCAGACAAGGCAACGAUUACUGGCCCUUCACACCUCACUGAUAGCAUUGCGAUCCGACAUCGCUACACAAAGCCCGCUUCCUUCUUGGCCUGCGCUUCAGACUCAUGCCAAUCUGAUAUCGAACAACCUCCAGACGAUCGUGACACAACUUUCAGAGCACAGAGAAGCCUUCCAGUCGACUGUCGCAUUCCCACUCCCUCAAUUCCCGGGAAAGGAACGGUCUUUCAUCCUAGAGACGCUACUACGAACGAAGUUGGAGCCCAAUGUCGAGGAAUGGGUUGAAGAAGGCGAAAACAUUACCCUCCGGCCGCGCAAAGGCGAUCAGCGCGGACUUUCAGAUGCAGAUCUCAGCGCACUCUGGCAAUGGGCACCAGGCGCUGCGAACAAGGAGGCAAGAAAACAGAAAUGGGGUGCCGACUUCACUUUAGAAGAAAAGCAACGAGGAAUGUCCAAUGUCAUUACGGGCCUGCACAGAGAGCUGGUCGAACCACCAGACGAAGAAGGCGACGAGGAAUACGAGGAGGAGGAGUACGAGGUCACCGACGAGGAUGAGGACGAAGAGGACGAGGAUAAGAUGGAAGUCGAACAAACAAAGUCCGAGACCAUACCCGGUGGCGGUACCGAGAGCGCACCUAUACUCAGGUCUGCAAACCAGAUGUCAUUGCAAAGCGUGCACAAGUUCAUGACGACGGGACGGUAA